UACAAUUGGUAAUACCCCUGACAUUUUAUUUCUGUAACAGUUCCAUGAGCAGUUCCAGUACUGAACAGAGUUUAAAAGAAAAAUGCUGAUGAUCUAAAUGAUUUAUCAAAUGAAAUCAAGCCACAGAGUAAUUUCUGCUCAGAUGGACCAAAAGCUCCGUGUGAGAAGCCACAGCCAGUGCCCGAAGCACAAGCGCCAUGGAGAACGGCGAGAAGAGACAGAAUAAGUGGUGGUCAGAGGGAGAUACUUUUGCACUGUUGGCCCUCAUUGAAGAACUCGGUCUGGUUCGAGAGCUGGAUAAAAAACGCCAGCGCAACGACUCCCAUUUCAAGCGGCUGAGGUACACCCUGGCCAAACGCAACAUCGAUUUCACCGUCAACCAAAUCCGCAACCGCUGGAAGAGCCUGAAACACAAAUACCGCAAGAUCAAGGCUGUGGGCUACCGGAGCGGCGCGGCCAAACUCUCAGCAAUCGAGUCUUUCCGCUACUUUAAGAAGCUGGAUCGCAUGCUGGCCAGGAGACCCAAACCGACUACCCCACCCCAUUUGGGAUGCGACAACCUCGUCGUGCUUUCUGCCUCUGAGCUUGAGGAUCACACAGACAGUGACCCACAGCAACCUUCCACAUCGGUAGCCUGGGAUCCCCCCACCAAUGGUCCAGAGAUGGAUGUCGAUGAGGAGGAUGUUAAGGGUCCUCACGCGGUACCCUUGGGUCUCAAGACCCCUCCGUGGGAGAGUGGGGAGGAGAUUGUCACCUUGGGGCCUGCAGGGGAAUACCUGUACCCUGUCAAGCCUGGGCAGCAACAGCUGUCCCCUGCACAGUCCAUAGGGGGUUCCACUGGACCCCACUGCACCAGUUCCACACCCAAUUCGCUUGGUGGCGCUGAAGACACCAGCACCCUAAUCCUCCAGCAGCUGACCUUACUGAACCACCAGUUGGAAGAACAGAUGGCCGAGCAGCGGGCCUUCCAUUGCAGUGUGCUGGGAAUGCUGGACCGGCAAAUCGAGUUACUGCAGCAGCUCUCCAGCAAUACCAGGGCGCCACACCGGGGCGAGGGAGAGGGCUUCCCCAGUGAGCAGGUCCACGGUGCCUUGGUUCACAUCAUGAGGGGUGUGGAGCAGGCUAGGGCCAAGGGACUAGUGGAGAGCCCGUCCAGACGGCUCCCCCUUGAGGCAGCUCUGCCUGCCUGGUCUGUGCCCCUGCUGGAGCUGAACCAAGGCUCCUUUUCCUCCUCAGCAUUAUCCUCGACCAAUGAGAACUCGUCCAGUGCUGUGACAUCACAUGGAGGGAAGGCGGAACCUUCGCACAUAGCAGAUCAACCCUCCCAUGCUCCUAAAAACUGCCAGCACAAAUGAGAAUGCAGCAGAGAAAUAGGAGCAGUCAAGCAUAUAUAAGUAUGGUGUUUUAGGAUUUUACCAUGUAGUAUAGCCUGAUUUCUACCUCCCCACCCUCAAAUGGAUGCAUAGUCCAUAGUGGAGGUGUACCACUUAAUGAAACUUGGUAAGGACAUCCUUUAGUUAUUGAGACUGUCAAAAUCUAGGGGGUAUUAGUCAGCACCAUCGCAGCAUUGUUGGGUGUAAACGACACUAUUCGUUCAGCCUUGCAGCAAUUUUAAACCCUAAGAAUGUAUCUAUAUAGUAUUGUUCAAAAGUUUGGAAGCAGCAAAUGAUUUACAGCAAGACUAGGGUUGGGGAUUGCAUUGUCCAUUUUUCCUCCUCUUUAAAAAAUAUGCUAAAUAUUAUAAUGAGGAAAACAUCUCACAAGGGGAUGGGGAGUUUGUUGCCGGAUAACUUCACUCCAACUACUUGCUCACUAAAUAUCUUGUUAUCCCUAAAUAGAAAAUGGUCUUACUCUAAAAAAUAUGCUAAGGAUUUGAAUCCAGUUAGAGGUAGAAAUUGCACUAUAUUGGGUAAAACUUAAAAAUGCUCUUCUUAUGAAGAUUGUACAAUGGACUUUGCAAAAGUAACACAGCAACUUAGAAACUGAUAAACAAUCUCUUUUCAUCCAGCCAGGGUUGGCGACAGCACCCGGGCAACCUGGGCAAGCGACCAGGGCCCCAUAGCCAGAGGGGGGCCCACACACAUACAGAAAUGAAAUUGCAAAUAUGAGUCAAUAUACUAUUUCUGUGCCAGCUAUCAUAAUCAAGCAGUCUUUAGGGCUAGAAACAUUUAGUUUUCACUAAACUAAACUAAACUAAACUGUAUGCGUGCAGCGCAGUAAAACUUUUCAGAUCUCCCCUUUUUUCUCUUUUCCUGCUUGUGUCCCGUUCACUUAGUCCCGCCUCUUCUCACUCCCUAUUGGCUUCUGCCUCCCCAGUUCUUCGAAAAUACGAAAGCUAUUGGCUGAUCUUGACAUACAAUUAUACAAAUGUGCCAAUUAAAGACAUUCUAAAAUUGGCACGUUUACUCUCCAACAAUCAAGACUUUCAUUUGACAAGCGCUUUGUCGAGC